UAUAAAUAAAACAAUAAUUCAGAAUCAAACACUUGAUUUUAUAAAAAUGUUGAGCGUGGUUCUAACUUUAUUUGCAAUUUUAAUUUCCGCUCAAGUUCAGUGUUUUCAAAAUGAAUCAUCUAAUUCCUUGGAAGAACAACAAAGUUAUAUUGAACAAAGUGGAUGUCUUGAAGAAGGUGUAACAAUGGAAGAAGCUUUAGAAUAUACAAAUGAUGAUAAAGGCUUUGAAUAUACAAAACAACUUGUUGAAAAACAACCGAAUCUUAAAUGUUAUUCUGCUUGCAUUUUUGAAUCUAGGAAUUUAACGAUUGGAUGUAUCGUGAGGUUCAGUGAAGAAUUGGAAGAAGACAUGGAUGAAAAUGAACUUAAAAGUUAUAAGCAAAUGCAUUCUUGUGCUAGUAGAUUAAUUAAACUUAAUGACCGAUGUGAAUGUGCAUAUGAAAUAGUUAAAUGUUUGGAAGAGUUUAAAGAAAAUGAGAAAAAUAUAAAAACUUGAGUUAAUAUUCAAUUUACUUAGGUA